GGGUUAAUAAGGAAGGUGCAUUUGGUUGGUAGAUGUGUUCCCUCUCACGGAGCCUCCCCCAGAGGAAGUGACACACUCGCUCGGACAGGGCCGGCCAGCUCUUUCCCUGCCCUGCCCUGUCCUCUGUUAACCUACGCAUUUCAAGGGACGCUGAAUGAGUAUGAAGUCCCCGCGCACAUCCACCUCCUCAGCGUCAGGAGAAGCAGGAGGAGCAGGAGGAGGCGGUGUACGGCAUCGGUCCUCGGCGGUUCUUAGCGAGGAGGCGAACCAGAAGAUAUUUUCCCUCCUCCCCCCGAAGUCCCAGGUGAAGGCGGCGGCGGUGGUGGCAGUGGUGGCGGCGGACGCACCCACGUACUCAGAGUGGCGGUCAGUGCUUACGGGCGUGGCCACCCUGACGAAGGACCACUCCAGACGAUGCUACUUCAUACAGCUGUAUGAUCUAGUGUCCUGGGAGCUGGUGCGGGAGGUGGUGCUGGUGCGGGACUCCUCCUACCACUUCUCAAUGCCGCUCUUCCACCAGUUCCAGGCGGAGGACAGCAUGUUGGGCCUGCGGUUCGCGUGGGAAGGGGACGCCCGUAACUUCGCCGAGACUGUCCGUGAGAAGAUCCUCGGACUGGGCGUGGCGGAAGACCGGCCAUCCUCACCCCGGGACAAAAACGCUAAGAAAUCACAGCAUCAUCAGCAGGCCACAGCGAAGCACAGAAAGGAGAAAGAGGAACAGCAGGCAACCACAAGACCCCCCCCACAGACAACCCCUCAUCCGCCGCCACAGACACCCACACAGACGCCUCCACAGCCCCCACAGACACCCCCUCAUCCGCCGCCACAGCCUCCGGAAGCCGCGAAAGAGGCACCGCAGAGGGAGAAAGGUCACGCCCCGCCGCUACAGGAAGCCGAGCAGCAGCAAAACAACCACAGACAGGAAGAGCGGAGAGCGUCGCGUCGCAUCCCGCAUCAACAACAGCAACAACAACAACAACAACCGCAGCAGGAAACGUCAAAUAAACAAAAAACUACAACUGCUUCUGCUACUACUGCUUCCACUACAGUAAGCUCCUUCUACGACCAGCAGCAGGAACUCUCCCGCCAAAUGUCCGGCCUGACGGGGACGCAGCAGCAAGGGGGAGACAGCAGGGCCGGGGGUACUCUGGAACGGCGCCGCUCGAAGAAGCUCACGAAGGACAUGAUCGGGCGGCCCACAGACUUCCGGCACGUUUACCAUGUGGGGUUCGAUCCUGGCCCCUCGCCCGCCAAUGCUACCUCGAUACAUCCUUAAGAAACAAUGAUGAUGAUGAUGAUGAUGAGGCAGGUGAGGCAAUCAAGCAGCAUCAACAGGUGGGCCGCUGCGCAAUCCAGGAUUUGUGCAGUGAAACCUAAACAGCAAAAAAGACAGGAAAGAUUGGAAUGUCUUGAUAGAACUUGUGCGUCUUGUCAAGGCUUGCACGGUGAAAUUUAAACAGUGAAGAAGAUAGGAAAGAUUGGAUCGUCUUUUAACAACUUGUGUGGUGAAAUCUAGACAGUGAAGAAGAUAGGAAAGAUUGGAUCGUCUUUUAACAACUUGUGUGGUGAAAUCUAGACAGUGAAGAAGAUAGGAAAGAUUGGAUCGUCUUUUAACAACUUGUGU